ACUUGUAUUUAUAUCAGAGGGGUGCUGUGUGCUGCAUUUAUGCAUGUUUUGUGGUGGUAGCUUCAUAUCUUUAUUACAACAUUUGUGUGUUCUGCCUCUUGAUCUUGAUUGUUAUUGUUUUUAAGAUGGGGGGAAUUAUGGUGCUUUUGCUAUUAAUCAUCACCCUACAUGUGAACCUUGGCCACGACGAUGCUAACAUGACGAUGAGGUGCACAGACAAGGAAAGGGAAGCACUCCUUGCAUUCAAGCAAGGCCUCAUCAUGGACGAGCACAGCCAAGUAAUAUUCUCUUCGUGGGGAACAGAAGCCGCAAAACAAGAUUGUUGCCGAUGGGAAGGAGUCUCAUGUGACAACCAAACUGGCCAUGUUGUGCAGCUUGAUCUCAGAGGCAAUUACUAUUUGCAAGGUACGAUGAUUAGUCCUAAACUGAUUGAGUUGAAGCAUUUGAAAUAUUUGAACCUUUCGAGGAUUGACUUUGGUGGGAGCCAAGUUCCAUAUUUCAUUGGUUCUCUAACCAAUUUGAGAUAUCUCGAUCUUUCUUGGUGUUCUUUGGGUGGAAAAUUUCCAAUUCAGGUUGGAAACCUUACCAACUUGCAGCACCUUGAUCUCGGCUAUAUUGACUUCAGCGGUAAUGUAGAAAAUCUCGAUUGGCUCCCUCGUCUUUCUUCGUUGACAUAUUUGGACUUGAGUGAUAACAAUCUCAGUAAUGUUUUUUAUUGGCCGGAAGCAGUUAAUAAACUCCCCAAACUAACAACCUUGAGAUUACAGAACUGUAGUCUUCCUUCUCCUCCAGUUCGUUCCACUCUUUCAAACAUAAAUUCUUCUAAAUCUCUUUCUAGCAUUGAUCUUUCCUUGAACCGUCUCUCAACUUCUUCAAUAUUUCUGUGGAUGUCCAACUACAGUACCAGCCUUGUUGAUCUUUAUCUCUUUUUCAACCAACUUGAAGGAGCAGAACCCCAUUCUUUCUCUACGUUAUGUAGUUUGCAAUCAUUGGAUCUUUCCGGCAACAAUUUGAGUGGACAGUUUUCCAGAUUUGUUCCUACAUGUGCUCAAAACUCCUUGGAGAGUUUGUGGCUCCAUGGAAAUCAAUUAAGUGGAAGAAUACCUGAAAGUAUCGGACAAAUGUCAAAGCUCGAGCAUCUUAACCUUGGUAUGAAUGCUUUGGAAGGGGUGAUUUCAGAUUCCCAUUUCUCUAAACUCUCCAAAUUAUCAUAUUUAGAUUUGUCCUCCAACUCACUAGUUUUAAACUUCCAGUCUAAUUAGACUCCUCCUUUUCAACUGGACUAUAUAAGUUUGGGGUCUUGCAAGAUGGGUCCGUAUUUUCCGAAAUGGCUUCAAACUCAGAAUGAGUAUUCAUUCCUCAAUAUUUCUAAUGCCGGAAUUGUGGAUAUCCUUCCAAGCUGGUUUUGGGGUACGACUCGUUACGUGACAUCUAUCGAUCUUUCCCAUAACCAAAUUGGAGAAAUGUUUACAAAUUUGACAAUGGAUUUUGCAAAAUACCCUGAAGUGCAUUUGCGUUCGAAUGAAAUUGAAGGUCAAAUUCCCGCAACUCUAUCGCAUGCGUCAUAUUUGGAUCUCUCUAAUAAUAACAUUUCAGGGUCGAUUUCUUUCUUGUGUGCAAGUGAAACUCGUUUUCUUAAUCUCUCAUACAACAAUCUCUCUGGAGAACUUCCAGAAUGCAUGACACGUUUGGGCAAUCUCGUCAUGCUUGAUUUGAGUUCCAAUGCUCUUUCGGGAAAAAUUCCUUCGACGAUAGGCUCCUUGUUUGGGAUCGAGACACUGAAAUUAAGAAGCAAUGAGUUUGUGGGAGAGUUGCCUUUAUCCUUGAAGAAUUGCACAAGUUUAAUGGUUCUUGAUCUUGCAGAUAACCAGUUGACGGGAUCAAUACCUAAAUGGUUAGGGGCUAGCUUUCAGAAAUUGGUUAUCCUAAUGCUUUCCUCUAACCACUUCAAUGGAAGCUUGCCCCCGCAACUAUGCGAUCUAAUAUACAUUCAAAUUUUGGAUGUCUCUGUGAACAACAUCUCUGGAGGAAUACCGAAUUGCCUAAAAAAGUUGACUACUCUGGCUCAGAAGGGAAAUUCAAGUCUAACCGUUGAACAUUCUUACGAGAGAUAUGAUAAACAAAUAUCCUGGUUGGAUAUUUAUGUGGAUGAUGAAAUCUUCACGUGGAAGGGAAGCAUGCAGGUUUACAGGAAUACUUUGGGGCUUGUGAGAAGUAUUGAUUUCUCAAGCAAUAGAUUGACCGGGGAGAUUCCAAGCGAAAUCAGUCAUCUUGUUGGGUUGGUUUCUUUAAACCUUUCUAGAAACCAACUUACAGGUCAAAUUACUCCGGACAUUGGAAAAUUGGAGUCCUUGGAUUCACUUGAUUUGUCAAGAAAUCAUAUAGACGGAAGAAUUCCAACAAGCCUUGCUCGGAUAAGUCGUCUUGGUGUCUUGGACUUGUCACACAACAACUUGAUUGGAAAGAUUCCAACCGGCACCCAGCUCCAAGGUUUUGAUCCCUCUGUUUAUGCUGGAAAUCCACAGCUCUGUGGACCUCCACUUCAAAAGCCAUGUGAUAUCGAAGAAACGGGUCCAGAUCAAGUUAGUACCGAAGAAGACAAGGAUGAUCAGCUUAUACGCUACGGAUUUUACAUCAGCAUGGGGCUCGGGUUUUUUGUUGGAUUUUGGGGAGUUUGUGGAAGUCUGAUAUUCAUCAGGGAAUGGAGGUACGCAUACUUCAAGUUCUUGAAUUCGCUGAAUGAUUGGCUUUAUGUGAGGGUAGUGUUGAUCAAGCGGAAAUUAACGGAUGCUUAAUAGAUAAGCUGUAAUGUGCGUAGCUCCAGGCAUCUUCUUCACUUGAGUUCAACUGCGUGGCUUCCAUAUCUGCAUAAGCUGUCAAGUGUUAGAUGCUGCUUAAUUCCAGUUAUAACGAGAUUGCAGAAAAGUACUAGGAAUAUGUUUUCCUUGGUAAAUGAUUUGAUACCGUGCCUUGUUUGUAAGAAAGAUAUUAUUGUAAAUUGAUUUUUAGUUGUUUGCUUUUCUAUUUAGUUUGUAAGAUAUAAAAGAUUGUGUUACAGAAGAUAUUACUAUUUGCAUUGAAAACGUUUGGUACACUUUUACAUACAAAA